AGUUGUGCACAUAAAUGUAGUUCGUCAAGUGAAAAUUUUUAUUAUCAAGUACAUACAUGUUUUAUUAAUAUUUGACCAAAAUGACGUUUCACAUGGGAAGAAGUUGUCCUUCUGAAACAGUUUCUAUAAAAGAACAGAUUACACAAUACCAACGUAAACACAAUAAAAAUCCGAUAAUAAUCAUCGAUUUGAUGUACUUUGAUCAACUUGGUGGUUAUUUGCACCGAAAUAAUACCGCUGGUAAGAUGCGUGACCUCUGUGGAAUCUCCCGACUCCGGAUUAAGGAAUUAGAAGAAUUUGUUGCGAAAUUAAAAAAAUUUGGGGCGGAGCUAAUAUUCAUAACCAAUGGUGCUUACAUGGAUAUCAGUGGUCAAACCGUACCGGAUGAAGACGACUCUAAGAAUAGCAGUAAGGAUUGGCGCUACGUACUUCAGAUGAAUAUCAUAGAUCGUUUAGGGCUUGCUCAUUAUAGCCAUGUAGCAUCCGAUGCCAAGUUUAUUCCAAUCGAACGGGUCUGGACAGAAUCGAUUUGUAAGAUUGCGAGAAAAUCGGGAAAAGUCUUGUGGGCUUGGGAUAAUUCGCGACACCAAGAAAUUGCCAAAUACGCCUGUGUGCACCAAGCUAUGGCAAUUAUUUCGAAAAAUUUUGUUUUGUUACUGUACAGUGGAAUAGAGUUUCCAAAGUACAAGUUAUGGUCGAUGGCCGAUUGUUCAACGACGAAUAUGGAAAUUGCCGAGUUUGAUCCGCUGGUUGUUCGGCGAACUCUGCGACUAUCCUCCAAACAGACACGUGUGUUGGCUGCAUUAUACGGUUGGUAUAAUGAAAGUCCCACAUUCUAUGAUUUUCUGGAGCGCAUCAAAGUGCUAAACUGUCCCCAGACACUUUUUCGAGAUAUCACCGCCUAUGUUAAAAAGACUGCCGCUAAUCUUCAAGAGAUGGAUUAUCUAAAAAUCGCUCGUGACUUAUUCGGUGAACAAAAAUACAUUGAUAAAUUCGCUGACUUCAAGGCCGUUUGUAAUGGAUACAAUAUUGACUCGAUUGUUCUUUCUAGUGAACAGAACAACGAUUCGGUUAGCGUUCAAUUGAAAAGGCAGGAUUCCUUCAAUUACGAUAUCUAUCAUGGAAUAGCAUUCACUUGCUCGAUUACUUUCGUCGAUUAUCGCUACUGGCAAGACCACGGAAUAGAUCUGUACGAAAUAUUUGUUUCCUUUUAUGAACGUGUUUGUGGUGUAGUUUUACAGCACAAAAAGGACCGCUCGCUAGUUCGACAUGUUAACGUCAAGCGUAACCACAUGGAACCCUACCAGACUGUAGAGCUGAAACCGGAAUAUCCGACGGAUUUGAUUAUUCCUUCCUUAGAUUACAUGUUUUCGCUUGCGGGUCAAGCAUUGAUCGUUAUUCCUGACUUCAACGUUUGUUUACUGGAAUUUGUCAUCGGGAUGCAACUGGAUAGGAUUGCACUGGGCUUUUUCAUUAGGACCGACCAACGAUCCUACUUCCAAGAUAGUGUUACAUUAGCAUUCAUGGUGUCUCUGCAUAUGAUCGACAGAAUUGAAGCGGAUAUAUUUUUGAUAGCCAUACACAAAUGUCGUUGCGAUUCGGAGGAUGAGGUCCCGUUGCCGGAGAAUUUGCACCUUCGAGCACUUCAUUUGUAUUUCACCUAUGUCAAAAUGCGUACGUUAAUCAAGCACAGUUUUUAUUGUGCCGGUUUGGAUGAUUCAUUCAUGGAUGAAAGUUAUCUGGAUGGAGCUGUUUUUCAAAACAUGUUUCAAAAGUAUUCUGUGGAAGGUAGCACUGCGGAGUUUAAUAAGGACGUCAGUAAAAUCACUCGUUAUCGUUUACAUUGAUUGUUGUAUAUCCAGUUGAAGACUAUUACGCUCUCGAGUUGCCCAAUCUACACACCUGCGCAUGAACCUCCCUCGUAAAUUAGUAUUUUUAAUGUCGGCUGGGAGCUGGUUCCAUAAAGCAAUUGCUCGCACGAAAAACGAAUCACGAUAGUGAGAAGUAAUGAAUUGUGUCAAAACAAAGCUUCUGGUACGUGUGCUUCUGAAAAACCUGAA